ACGUUGUGUAAGUCCGGAAGCAUUGCUGUCUUUGGGAACGUGGUGUACAGCGGACUGCUGAGUGAUCCUCUCUGGCAUCUCGGAGUGCCUCUCUUCACGAGACUGGGUAACCAAGAGGCCCCCAACCCCCCUGAAGCGAUGGCCCAGCCCUACACCGCGGCACAGUACCCUCCUCCUCCGCAGAAUGGAAUCCCUGCAGAGUUUGCCGCUGCUCACCCCCUGCCCACGCAGGACUACACGGGUCAGAACCGCGUCCCAGAACACGCCAUGACCCUCUACACGCCAACACAGACACACAGCGACGGGCAGGGCAAUGACAGCACCACGACAAACAUCACAGCCAACACAACUGCACCACAAACAGAUGACGUGACGCAGACAGAGGGUCCUCAGCAGGUCCAGCUCCAGCUCUCGGACUCGUCAGAAAAACAGCAGCCCAAACGGUUACACGUCUCCAACAUCCCCUUUCGCUUCCGGGACCCGGAUCUGAGGCAAAUGUUCGGGCAAUUUGGAAAGAUUUUAGAUGUGGAGAUUAUCUUUAAUGAACGAGGAUCUAAGGGCUUUGGCUUUGUAACUUUUGAAACGAGCACAGAUGCUGAUCGCGCACGGGAGAAACUAAACGGUACAAUCGUAGAGGGACGCAAAAUAGAGGUAAACAACGCCACAGCACGGGUAAUGACGAACAAAAAAGUGGCCAACCCAUACACAAACGGCUGGAAACUGAAUCCGGUGGUGGGCGCUGUCUAUGGUCCUGAACUUUAUGCAGUAACUGGUUUUCCAUAUCCAGCUACAGGAGCUACAGUGGCGUACAGAGGGACUCAUUUAAGAGGGCGGGGCCGUGCUGUCUACAACACGUUCCGCACAGCUCCGCCCCCUCCACCAAUCCCAGCCUACGGAGCAGUGGUGUAUCAGGAUGGGUUUUACGGAGCAGAAAUCUAUGGAGGCUACACAGCUUACAGAUAUGCUCAGCCUGCCACAGCCACAGCCUAUAGUGACAGCUAUGGGAGAGUCUAUGCAACAGCAGAUCCAUACCACCAUUCAAUUGGCCCGGCUGCAACGUACAGUGUGGGGACUUUGGCUAGCCUAUACAGAGGAGGGUACAAUCGCUUCACUCCCUACUAA